ACCAGUCUUCUCUUUUCCCUUUCUCUUCCUCACUCACUCCAGCGCCCAUUCUUCCCUGUCAAUGGAGAACAUUGUCCUAUUGACAAUCUUCUUCCUAUUUAUACCACUCACCAACUGCUUUCAGUUCCAAAAACACAGUUCCUGCUCUGCUUUACUAUUAUACUUCAGAACAAGUAGUUGAAUUUUGCGGCUUCUGUUUGUCUCGUAUUUUCAAUACAAAUGGCUGACUUGGAUCGCUCUUCUGAUGAAAGUUCUGUGGAUUCCAGAGCAGAGGAUACUAGUCAGGACUCGAAGCUUGACUUUUCAGAAGAUGAGGAAUUUCUUAUCACUAGGAUGUUCAAUCUGGUUGGGGAGAGGUGGUCCUUGAUUGCUGGAAGAAUUCCUGGAAGAUCAGCAGAGGAGAUUGAGAAGUACUGGAAUUCAAGAUAUUCAACAAGUGAAUGAAGAAUCAAAACCAUGAUAUCGGAGCACUCAGUCUCAAUUGGAGCAAGAAAUUUUGGGGGUGUUAAUGUUAAUGUAACAAUGUGUUUGUAGUUAUCUGCAUGGGUUCCUUCGCUUAAAAUUAAGAUGGGAUACUGUUGUUUCAGGGUUUUGCUUGCAAUUAACUGAGGCAAUUCUGCAAGUAAUGCCCAUCUUUGUAAAUUAGUAAUUGGUAAGAUGUUUGAAUUGGGUUGAAGCUUUCCAUUUUCUUUUCCUUUGA